AUGACGGCUUAUAAGGACCCGUGGGGGCGUCAGCAGGAUGAAAGCGCCUUAGUAAUCGACAGCACCGAAACUCCAUUUGAAUUGGUUGAACAUGAGCGUGAGGAUGACCGGCCGCGCAAACGUAAUCGCUUGUCGGACUGUGCCUCAACCAUUGCCGGAGAAAAGCAAAGUCAGAGAAGUUUUACCAAGCGACGAGCACAGGAUCGCCGACUAUGGCUAGCUUGCCCUUAUGCCAAGAAGGACCCGGUCCGCUAUAGGGACUGUUAUAGAUACUUCCUGGCCAGGGUUCGUGAUGUUAAACAGCACGUAACGCGAUGCCAUCGCAAACCGAUACACUGCCCAAUUUGUAACGAUACAUUUAAGGAUGAAGACGAGAGGGAUUUGCAUAUUGGGCUGAGGAGUUGUACGCCGCGACCUUCCGCCAUAAUGGAAGGUAUCUCGGAGAAGCAAAAAAGGGAACUCAGCCAGAGGGUGUCGUCUAAGAUGCCAGAGGAGCAGCAAUGGUUUGCAGUCUUUGACAUUAUCUUCUCCCCACACCCGCGUCCAAGAACACCUUACCGCGACCGAGAGCUCUCCGACGACUUAUGCGUUUUCCAGGAUUUUAUGACAGCCCGAGGACCGGUUCUUUUGGCCGAAUUUCUAGAAGCGAGGGGAGUAGUGACCUGGAAUCUCCCGCGCGAAGAAAGGGAUCUAGAUACUUUUAAGAAGGAGGUGUUGGGAGAUGGAUUGCAACUUAUCAUCGAUCAGUGGAUGAGCGAUAAUGCGAAAGCCCUCGAGCCAGCCAGCGCUUCUCAUAGUCUUCGUUCAUCGCCAACAUUAGACUCAGGUAUUGCGAUGCAAAGCAGUCACCAGCAAGCAGCAGAUAAAAGGAAGAAGAUCAGUAACUCAUUAGAAGAUGAGUGCCGUGAUCUCAGAAAAGAUGAAGAAGUAUGUGGAUACAAAAACCCACACGCAGUUAAUAUCUUCAGCCAGGCGACAGGUCUCGAAGAUCGGGUGGAUACAACUCUAAGCGGAGUUAUAGCAGAACAUGACAGCCAAUCCGUCGUAGGCGCACCUGCAGAACUAUUAGCAGAUAUCUCAACGACCUCUAGCCAAAAAUAUUUGCUAGAGAUGACAGAUCCCUCAACCAUAUCGCAAUUUGACUAUACCACGUUCCCCACACCAACCGAGGUUCCGGAUCUGCUUAAUUUCGAUAUGGGAUGGCCACCUUGA